CUGAGGGAAAAAUCCCGUUGCGAAAUCAAGCACGUAUGUUGUCAUUUUCGCAACGACCCGUUGUUAUAUUUUUCAACAACGGCUGUUGGUGAAUUGUGCACGAACGUGCUCAAAUUGACACCGAGACGUGGUCAACUUUCGGUACCAACAACAGCCGUGCUUAAUUUGUCCAUUUGUAAUAUUGGUAAUUGCAGCCGAUUACACACGAGUAAAAAAUGACAACGGUGGUGCAUGAUUCACACACGGUCGUUGUCAAUAUGACACCGGUCGUGUAUGAAUUAUGCACCACCACCUGCAUAAUGAUGCACCACCGUUGUUACUUUGUACACCGACGUGCAUGAAUCGUACACGAUCGUUGCCAUUUUAGCAACUACCGUGUAUGAAUCAUGCACCACCGUUGUCAUUUUUUUUACUCGUGUGCAAUCGGCUGCAUAUUUACCAUUUUUUCCGUGUUAUUGAAAGAGAAAGGACGCAUUGUGCAAAAAAUUUAUUGAAAAUGAAUAAUAAUUCGCAAGAUCCUCAAAAUAUCAUUGGUGAGUUGUUAGAAAUCGAUGGCAAUAUUGUUGUGGUUCGCGAUACAAACCAUUGCAGCAGUCAAGAUGCGGAAAACAAUGAGGACGAUUAUAUGUUAAGGGAGUUCUUAAAAGGAAUAAAUAUGGAGUCGCUUUUUGAACAAUUAAAAGCAUCACAUGUAACAUUUCGCAGCUUGCAGUACUUGAAAAAAGAAGAUUUAAAGGAAGCAGUGCCACCAUUGGGACUGCGUGUUGAAUUCAGAGAAAAGCUCUUUGCUUGGAAAAAACGAAAGCUCGGGAUUGAUGACGAAACUAUGUCAGUUCCAUCUAAAAUAGGUGAAUGGUGGAAACGCAACGAGACACCUGCAAGUACUCCUGGUACUCCCGACACUACAGGUUCGAACUGCUCAAAAGCCAAAGGAAUUUUGUCAGAGGAUCUAACGGAAUUGUUAACACAUACCUCGAAGGGGAAACUAGCGCUUGAAUGUAGUAGCGUUAAUAAGAAAUUAAGUGACGAGCAAAGAGAUGAUAUAAUUAAUAUAAUUAUUGAAGAUAUUUUAACCAACAAUGUUACUCUUUACACUCAAGACUAUAUGCGCAUAUUGGAUGAAAUUUGUUCCGUUUUUCCUCUUGAAAACGAAAUGAGGGUAAGAUUAACAAUAUAAACAACGUAUCUGAUUAUGUAGUUUCUUAACUUAUAAUAUGUCUUUAUUUUUAGGAUUAUUAUUACAUUUCAAGAAAAGGAAAGAACAACGCAAGCGGAAAACUUUAUGCCAAGUAUAGAAACAAGAAGUCCAAAAGAAUAAAGCUUUUGAUUUCCGAGCCUAGCACAAGCAAAGCAGCAACUCACACAUCUCCUAAUUUUUGUAACAAAGAUGUUCCCGAAAUUGAUGAAUCAGUUGAAAAUUCAUUGAAAGCUUCCUUACUAAGAGAAUGUAAUGAUUGGGGAUCGAUCUGCGAAAAAUGGAAAAGAUCUUUUAACAUACGGCAAAGAGAUAUAAAAAAUUUAAGUAGCCAUACAUUUCUCCUUGAAUGGACGAAGUUGUCCGAUGCAAGAGCUUCAGAAUUGGUAAGUAGCCAUGAGCUAUUUAUUUGUAUAUGGAUACUAAUGUUUCGUUUUAGGUCAACAUUGAUUUCGAUAUUAUGUAUCCACAGAAAGGCAAUCUUCUACUUUCUAAAUGGGACCAAUUUAAGAAAAAAAUUUACAAUUAUUAUGGGAAAAAUAUUCAUAACGAACAUUGCAAACAACUCUUCGCAAAUGUUUUGACGGCAAGCAGCAUAGGUAAAUUUUAAUUCCUGAUUUAUCAUAAACAUUAAAAGUAAUAUUUAUUUUAUAUUUCGGUUGCAGAUGCUCAAGAUUAUAUAUACGCAAUACUGUUGAAUUCAGUUUUACCAUCACCUGCUAGGUUUAAAUGUGGAAACGGUAAAUUACGAAAAAAAGUAACAAUAGCUGAUUCGCAGGAAAGUUUCGUACUGCGACUACCGACAAUUAACGAUUAUAAAAGGCAAAUUGAUACAGUCACUGAAAAGUAUUACAAUGCUGGAUUAACUAUACAGCCAUUUAUAAUUGUGGAGGGUUUGUCCGAUUUCAAUAUAAAAGGUUUUUAUGUUUUUUUUAACCACAAUUUGUUAAAAUUUCAAUCGUUCCUCGAAUGUUUAGAUACAUGUUUUAAAAUUUUUCAUGCACUUUCUUUAAAAUAUCCAAAUGCCUGCCAAAUUCCAUGGAUUUUUAUCCAAAAAUAUUUUUAUGAAAUUAAUACUGUAUAUGAUAUAAAAUCAGUUAAUUUGACUUCACUUAUUAAUUUCUGCAACAAUAAUUAAAGUACAAUUCAAAAUGUAUAUUUGCUUUCGUUGCCGUAAGCAUUUUGAUAAGGCAAAUCUUUUAAUAGCUCAUUUGAAAACAGACCAUUUAAUGUCCACUAAAUUUUUAAAAGUACAAUGCGUUCAGGACAACUGUAAGCAAACAUUUACAAAAUUUACGUCAUUCAGAAUUCAUUUAGAAAAACUUCACAAGAAUCACACAAAAGCUCCACCAAUGGUUAAAGCCAUUAAUGUGCCAGUUGAAAUGUCAUCAUCAAAAGAAAAUGAUUAUACAAACAGUGAAACUGUUAUUAACAACAAUACAAUAGAAAAGGAUUUAAAUGUUUUGAAAAAGAAAACCUUAUAUCUGUCUUUACAAUUACAUGGUCAAAGCUAUAUGCCUAGAAAUCAUGUUAUAGAAAUACAACAUUCUGUUUCAAUUCUGCUUUCAUC